AUGAACCAUACGAUUCAGAACCUAGAAGCUUCAUUCCAAGACGUUAAAAGUGAAAACAGUGUUCUGAAAGAUAAAAUAUACAGUUUGAAUUCUUCAUUCUAUCAAUACAAUUUUACUUAUUCCGAUAGUUUUCAGCGACAGAAACAAUUUGAUGAGCUCCAACUUCUCCAACAGCAACAAGAUUAUAUGAUAGAGUCGAUGAACCAUACGUUCCAGAAUCUAGAAGCUUCAUUUCGAGACGUACAGAGUGCAAACGGCGUAUUGAAUGGCAGACUUGAUAGUCUGAAUUCCUCAUUCUUACAACAAAAUCAUUCCAGUGUCGAUUAUAUCACAAAAGAACUUCAACUACAGACACAGAAUCUAUCACUUUCACUUAUGGAAUUGAACAAAUCUAGAUCAGAGGACAUCGAAACAUUAAGAAAUAUCAUUAGAAGUAGAGAACAGGACGUACCGAAAAAUAUAACUUCUGUCGUCAAUAGCCUUAAACUGAAUGAUAGAUACUUAUCGCUUUCCCUAUUAGAUUUGCAAAAUAAUAUAUCAAUGAUUGGAACACUUCUCCAGGAACAGCAGAGGAUACAAUCAAACCAGCACAAGCUAUUGCAGAUGGAAAUCCAAAAUCUCACUUAUUCAUUUAACAAGAGCACAAUUCUUCUUUCCAAUCUCCAAACACGUCAAGAGACAACCGUUGCGUUUACAGCGGGGGUCUGCAAUAUCCCCGGUGAUAACAAAGUAUUUUCACCAGGACAAACUGUAAUAUUCAGACAGAUUAUCUACCAAGUGGGAGGUGGAUAUAACCCUUCAUCAGGAAUAUUCACCGCCCCGAAGACUGGACUCUACGUCAUAUUCUGUACUAAUGUGGCAGAAUAUCAUGAAACCUUCUGGACAAAAAUAAUGAUAAAUGGUUCAGCUAAGGCAGGAGUCAUGGCACUUCUUCGAUCAUCUAACGUAUACAUCUACCAAUCAGCCUCCAACCUUGUUGUCCACCUAUUACAGAUGGGAGACAGAGUCUGGAUACAAGUUCGCAGUGGUAAUCAUCUGUGUUCAGAUUCACCGGAAACAACUUUUUCUGUGGUCAUGAUCAAUGGAUCAUUCUAA